AGAGAACCAUACCUGAAACUAUUUCCAUUUACCAUAAUCAUAGCUGCCGGAGAAGAAGAAGAAAGAAGAAUCUAUCGAAACCCUUUUCCGGCAACCCUUUUCCGGCCGGGACCCACAACCGGUGGUUCUUUCCCAGUCCCUAGUUCCCAAGUCCCAACUAAAACCUUCUUCUUCUUCUUUUCUUUGUUCGCCCAUUAUUGAAUGACCCACCAACUGCAAACUACUUUAGAUUACUGCCAGAAUAACCACCGCACAGGAAGAACCUAUUGAUCUUUUUUGGGGGGGGAUCCCUUUUUACUUUUAUGGGUGGGGUUUAGAAAGAGAGUACUGUCUUCAACUCAAAUGGGACUGAACAUGUGGUUUAUGUCCAAUUUCAUUCUAGUGGCUGUCUGAGGAGUGGUAAUUUGUUCUUUCCAUUUUGACUAAAUGCCACCUUAAAUAACAACGACAAACAAAGUCUUCUCAUCCAAAUUGGUUAAGUCAGGGCGGGUGCCUCUUUCAUCAUCUGAAAUGCCCCUCUGAUUCAACUUCCAAAGGUUUACUCUAUUUGAAAUGUAUGUGAAAGCUGUAAGGAUUUUGUUUCUCAAAGCUGACGAGGAAAAGAACCCUUUCUGGAAAUUCCCUUAUCUCUUUUUCAUCUUCAUUCUUUUGCUUUGCUUUGGCUCUUGAUAAUUUCCUUUUUCAUUUCCCUUAUGGAAGAUGGGGCAGCUUUCAAUUCAUUCGAAUCAUCCUUCUGCGUUAAUUCUACGGAAUUUGAUCUCAUGGAUGAACUCUUAUACGGAGGUUAUUUGAUAGAAAUUCCUCACCAACCCACUGAAUCAGAUUUCCCAACCUCAAGUGGUCUCAACAAUCCUUAUUACCUUCCGCCGCCGCCGCCGGAGAACAACUACCUCAACCCAAACACCAGUAGUCAGAAACAAGAAACCAAUCUAGAGGAGGAAAAGCCCGGAACAUCCCAACUAGUAGUAGCCAAGAUGGACGAAUUUCCAGCAAAUCGAUUCCCUGAUCAAGUAUUCGACCCAACUCCAUCCUCUCUAGGUGGAACAGAAGCUUUCACGGCUGUACAAACUGAGACAAACAGAUUAUUAUGGGCUAUACCACCGGCAGGUCCAUCCCCAGUUUCUUCAGUGAUGAAGAGACUAACCCAGGCUAUAGAAUACUUGCGAGAGUCUAUGCAACAUAGAGACGCCUUAAUUCAGAUAUGGGUGCCGGUAAGGAGGGGUAAUGAACAAGUGCUAACCACCAAAAACCAACCAUUCUCCUUCAAUCCUAACUUCAAGAGCCUUGCAGAUUACCGGGAUAUCUCGAAAAGUUUCCAGUUUGCUGCAGAAGAGAAUUCUAAAGAGUUGCUUGGCUUACCCAGUCGAGUUUUCUUUAAGAAAUUGCCUGAAUGGACUCCAAAUGUUAGGCUAUUCAAGAAGGAGGAGUAUCCUCGUCUUAUUCAUGCUAGACAGUAUAAUGUUGGCGGAUCUCUCGCAGUUCCUGUCUUCGAACGAGGCACUGGAACUUGCUUGGGCGUUGUCGAGCUUGUUACCAUUUCUCAACAAGCUGAUUAUUGCCCUGAAAUCGAAAAUGUUUGCAGAGCUCUUGAGGCUGUUGAUUUAAGGAGUCCUAAGAUCUUGGGUCCUCCGAGGGUAAAGGCUUGGCAUGAACCCUACGACGCUGUACUGCUAGAGAUUCGACAAGUUCUAAGGGUCGUUUGUGAUACACACGGUCUACCGCUGGCACAAGCUUGGGCUCCAUGUAUUCAACAAGGAAAAGGCGGGAGCAAACACUCAGAUGAGAACUAUACUUACUGUGUUUCAACUGUUGAUUCUGCUUGUUACGUCCCAAACCCUAGUUUUUCAAUCUUUCACAAGGCUUGUUCAGAACAGCACCUGUUUAAAGGCAAAGGGAUCGUCGGGAGAGCAUUCACCACCAACCAACCUUGUUUCUCCAACGACAUUACUGCCUUCAGCGAAUUGGAGUACCCUGUCGCGCAGAUGGCUAGAAUGUGUGGAUUGCGCGCUGCGGUUGCGAUUCGCCUUAGAUGCAUCCACACUGGAUCUGCUGAUUUUGUGUUGGAGUUCUUCCUACCUUUGGAUUGCACGGAAAAGGAAGAACAGAAGCAGAUGUUGGCCUGGCUGUCUUCUGUCAUUGAAAACGUCGGCCAAACGUUAAGGAUCGUAUCGGACCAGGAGUUGGCCGAAGAGGAAAGUGUGAAUCAAGUUGAAGAGAGUAGCAGUCGUCCUUGGAAGAUGGAACCGUCUUCGAGUACUACUACAUCUUCUUCUUGGAUCGCUGAUAUGAUCGAAACGCAACGUAAAGGUAAAGGAAUUUCCAUAUCUUUGGGAAAUCGAAAGGAGACACCGAAAGAAGAGUUUAAGGUCACAACACAAUGGGAUACCGAUACAGACAACAACAACCUGCAUUGUUUGGGAGCAUUUACACAACAGAACAAUCAAAUCCAUCUUGUUGGAGCAGAUGGCGCUAAUGAAUUCCCAUUGGAUUCUGCAAAAUCAGUCGAAAGGAGGAGGAAGAAGGCGGAGAAGACGAUAAGCUUGCAAGUUCUUCGUCAAUAUUUCGCAGGGAGCCUUAAAGACGCUGCUAAAAAUAUUGGAGGUUCGAUAACUAACUUAUAACUGACACUUAACUUCUAUUUCUUUUUUGAUAAUAAAUGACCAUUAACUAUCUUUGCAGUUUGUCCAACAACCUUAAAAAGGAUAUGCAGACAACACGGAAUCACGAGAUGGCCUUCGAGGAAGAUCAAGAAAGUUGGCCAUUCGUUACGCAAACUCCAACUAGUCAUUGAUUCAGUUCAUCCCGGAGGCCAACUUCAAAUCGGCUCUUUCUACGACAAUUUUCCCGAACUAGGCUCUCCAGACGCACCCAAAGAUCAACUAACAAAUCCUCCGGCAGUCCCUACCUUGACGACGAAUUCAAAGUCACCUCCAUCUUCCUCGUGCAGCCAAAGCUCCACCUCCAGCUUCUCAUGCUCGGCAGAAACGAAACAGACGACGACAACAGCAACAACGAGUCUUGUCAUUAACAACAACACUUCAGGCGGGUUGUUGAAAAGGGCAAGAAGCGAUGCAGAAUUACUCAACGCCGGCGGAGAUGAGAUGGAAACGAAGUUCCUCUUAAGAUGCCACAGCCAGAAACUGCUCCGCGAGCUUCCCAGCCAAGGAGGGACACCAACAAUGACGGUUUUCAAAGUAAAAGCGACGUUUAGAGAAGUGAAGAUCCGAUUUAGUAUGCAUCAGAAUUGGGGGUUUAUGGAUCUGCAAAGGGAGAUUGCUAGACGGUUCAACCUGGAGGAUGUGUCCGUUAAGUACUUGGACGAUGAUUCUGAGUGGGUUCUUCUGACGUGCGACGAGGAUCUUGAGGAAUGCGUGGAUAUACAUAAAUGUUCGAAGAAUCGGACGAUUAAACUCUCCGUUCAAGAAGGGUUCAACCCGAAUAAUGGAAGUUCAUUUGGUGGCAUCUCUUCUUUGUGAGAACCAUGCAUGACUUCUUCCUUGAAAAGUAAAAUUAGAGAUAAUGUGUAAUUGACUUCUCUUUUCAAAGAAAUCUGAUCCACUCUUUAAAUAGGAUCAGAAGAUGCUUUGUGAAACUCUUCAUAAGAUAGAUGGGGUGUGACAAUUGUUUUAAGUUUCAUGUGAAUCAAUGUUUUCUUUAGU